GUUGCGUUUUGUAAACUCCGCUGUUAAAUCCGCGCGUGCAUGUCGCGGGAGAAGAUAACAGAAGUAUUCGUGUUAAAAAAGGCGUUUAGUAUUUUCUCCAAAAAUAUUAUCACCUUGUAUUUAAUAUAGCCUUUCUUAAACAACUAAUUCGUUAAUGACUGGCGGCAUUUUUUCUACUACAGGUUCCUAAGGAAACGUAAAGUUGUGCAAGCUAAAUUUCAGCCUGAUGAGCUGUCAAGCUCACAAAUGACUAGUUUGGAUGGCUUUGCUCUGUCUGGGCACCCCCAGCCCAUAAUAUCUUGAAAUUUUUUUACAUACUAUAUAUAGAGUCAUGAAAAAAGUAUGCAAGCAUACUUCACCAAUAAACGCAAUUCUGAUUCUGAAACUUGAAGAUUGCAUGGAUGCUCCACUUUGACUGUAACCCACUGACUGAAGAAAUAUGUCUUAUCGGCUCACAAAAGAAGAAAUUGAUGAGCAGUUUGAACAGUUUUUGAAAGAGUCUGUUUCAGAUGAUUCGAUUGAGUUUGGAACCACCAAACGAUCAAGCAUUUUAGAUGGACUGGGCAAGAGAAAAAUUAAAGAAAUUACAAAUAAAAACCAUAAACCCUGGUGGAACAGUGACAAUGAUGAAGAGGAUUCUUCUGGAAGAGACAUUCUGGGUACAGGCAGAAGUUUCAAAUCUCAGAAGAGUUCUAUGUCUAUAGCGGAGGAAGAAGAUGAAGAAGAACAAGUGCAAGUGAAGGCACUGAAUGCUGAAGAUAACCAUGCUUCUGUGUCUAUAAUCCGAGACAGUCUGGAGCCUGAAGAAUCUAUAAUGGCAUCUGGACCACAUUUUGGUUUUGGAAAGGACACGAUGGAUGAAGAGGAGGAGAAAGAAAAAUUUUUUGCUAACCUUGAAAAAGGUGCAUCUUCCACAAUUGAUUAUUCAAGAUUAAAUAAAGAACUUGACUCAACCAACUCAACAGUCAUAGGAACACUAAGAAAUAAUGAAGAGAAGAUGGCAGAGGUUACUACUGACAAGUCUUCAAAUCUGAAACCUACAAUAACAAAUGACUUUCCUAAUCACAGAGAAGAUUCCAAAGAGGGUAACUCUCAUUCUGAGGAAGCAAGCAGCCCCAGCAAAGAGAAAACAUGCGAGGAAGAUAAGAAUUCCCACAAUCCGCCAUUGGCAAAGCCUAGGAUGCUGGCAAAAGUCUCACUUCUUGACUCAUUAGAGUCAACAAAUGGUAAAUCACGUCAAAACACAUUACAGGAAGAUAAUGAAGGAAUAACUGAAAGUAAUGAGAAAGCAUUCACAGACCUUGAUGGAGUUGGUGCAGGUGUUUCAUAUAUUCAAAGUGGUAGUGACCUGGAAGCAUUACAGGAGGCCUACCGCAAGAUUAACGGCUCUUUUGGAGACUCAGGCAGUGAAUAUAAAAUAUUCAUGGGUGACAGCAAGAAUAGUAAAAUGAAUAUUCUUCAGAGCCUUAAAAAUACACAAGAACUUGGAUUUGUUGGUAGUAACACUGACUCAGACUUACCAACUGUUGAAGAGCUCAUGAAGCCCCUUGGGAAUAAGUAUGGUUAUUCACGUGGCUUUGAACUACAGCCAGCAAGCAAAAUCGAACUUCAGCAUGACACACUGGAUGGACUCUUCAAUAAGGAAAGUCUAAGGAAGCAAGGCAGAAUUUCUGAGGAACACUCAGAUAUCAGCUUUUCAUGCGAAGGCCUGGUUCCACAUCAGAUAUCCGGUAUUCAUAUAGCCACAGAAGCUGUUAGUGAUGAUUUUGACCAUAAAAAUAGAGUGGAUGACAGCAUAAACAAAAACAUUUCAAAUACUUCCAGUAUACUCACCUAUGAAAAACGAAAGACUUCUGCUUUAAGAAUAAAUAAUAUGAAUCAGCAAAAACAGGAAAAAAUAAUCAGAUCCCCCCAGAUGAAGGGCAAAAAGUUUUUCUCCGGAUCCUCUGCUGUAGCUAAGAAUUUGGAAUCUGAAAAAAAAAGCCCAUUGUCAAAGCAAGCUUCACCUGUGAAUGAGAAGUUUUCAAGUAAUUUUGCUACAAAUACGAGAGGAAAACACAAGCUACCUGCAUUUCAAGUAACACGAAAACUAAAAGGUGAAGUACAGCAGACAGUUAAAGACCGUAAAAUGGACACCAAAGUGGAUCCUUCUAGACAGUCAUUUACUGGCUAUCUGCAGAAACAAAUCAACAGAAGUACAGUUGACUCAAGUCAAGCUAAAGAUGCUGCUACUAAAUCUGCUCAAGAGAUUGGAGAAUAUGUCCCAGAUCAAUUAAGUACAGUCACUCCAAUAAAUAACAUUCAAAGAGAACUUAGUCUACUGCAAAGAGCAGAAGAGGCCCAGGAGAAAUGGGAAGCAGAGCACAGCCUCGUUGAGAAGCUGAAAGCUGAACUUGCACUAAAGGAAGAAAGACUAAAUCAGAUUGAAAAUGAUCUCAGACUAGAACAUGAAAAAGAAGUCUCCUUCCUAAAACAAGAGAAUUAUAUUCUUCAAGCCAAGCUGCACAGCCUUGAAGAAAACAAAAAAAAUUGGGAUUUUUCUGAUGCAUCUGAUCCCUUAACAAAGCAGAAACUUCAGUCUAUUGCAGAUGAGGCAAAAAACCAAGAGAUUCUCAUUCAGGGAUAUCAUCAGGAAAAUGUUAAACUGUACAAACAAGUAAAAGAACUGCAAGCUGCAAAUAAGCAAAAUGAGGAAAAAAUGUUUAAAGAAAAUCAAAGGUUACUAACUGAGCUUGCUAAUAUAAAAGAACAGAUGGCUCAGACUAACAAAAAGCCUAUAGCCCAUGAUACUGAGAAAACCACUGACCACAGUUUUACAGAAUUAUUGUUGCAGCUUAAAACUGCUCAGAAAACAGAAUCAAACAUGGCUGAAGAAAUAAGAAGACUUAAGCAAGAAAAGCAGUCUCUAGAAGUAGACCUAGAACUUAUGAAGAAAGAAAGGAAUCUAGCCAAAGCCGAAGUUCUUAGCACUUCAGGAGACAAAGAAUUUCAGAUGAAAAUCAUGGAAGAGCAAUACAAACAGGAAAUCGAUGGUUUGAAGAAAAGGUUGCAGUGGUAUGCCGAAAACCAAGAACUAUUAGAUAAGGAUUCCCAACGUCUCAAAGCAACAGCAACUGAAAUAGAAAAGCUGAAUAAGCAGGUAGAGAGACUUAAAGCAGAAGCUGGGUGUCAAAAUGUGCAACAACAAAAAAGAAUUAAAGAGCGGUCUAUUGAUCUGAAAAGAAUUCAGGAGCUUGAAAGACAGGUAAAAGAAAUGGAAGAAAUUAUUCGUAGACGACAUCCAAACUCUCUCCCAGCUUUAAUAUAUGCAGCUGCCUCAGCCACAUCAAGGGGAGUUGAAGGUGCUGACAAACCCAAUUCAGUAGCAUUUCUAGAAAGAAGAAUUAAGAAAUUAGAAGCUGACCUUGAAGGUAAAGAUGAGGAUGCCAAGAAAAGUCUUCGAGCAAUGGAACAACAGUUUCAAAAAAUGAAGAUUCAAUAUGAGCAAACUAUUUCAGAGUUGGAACAGCGGCUUAAAAGUGGACAAGAUACACCUAAGCAAUAUUCUAGCAAUCAUAGUUUAUUACAAGAAGAUAUACAAUUAACAGACUUGCCAGACGGCAAAGAAGACAUCCUUCAAGCAGAAAAUGAUGUUCAUCAUCAACAUCUUACAAAUCACCAAAUGAUGACAUGUCACAGGGCUGUGAAAAAUCUACAGAAAGCUGAAGGUCAUGCAGUUAAUGAUUUUAACAGUAUUGAUAUUGAGAAACUGCAGCAGGAGUUGGCAGUAAAAAAUAGCAAGAUUCAAGACCUUGCAAAAACUGUUGAGGCUCUUCAGAAAGAAAGGAGGACAUUACUGAGUAAUCAGACUAAAGUAGAAAGAAUAUGGGAGAAGAAAAAAAAGCCAUCCAAAGCAGACACAAUUAACACUGAGCCCAGUUCUACCCAAUAUUUAGAAAGUCCUGAACCAUUUCCUGCAACUUUGGAUGAGAAAUGUUAUCAGCCAAAUGUCUUUGCUGGUUUACAUAUUUCUGAUGUUCUCCAGGAAAAUGAGAAACUAAAGUUAGAAAUAGAACAGCUGAAUCUUGAAAUUGAGAAACAAAAAGUAACUUUACAAGCUGCAGUUACUGAGGCAGAAUGUGAAACAAAAAGGUCACAAAUAGAUGCAGAUGAACGUAUGUCAUGUUUAAAAGCGGCUCAUCAAAAAGAACUUGAACGUAUAAUUACCCAACAUGCUUUGGAGCAUUCUUCUUCCAAAGUGGCCGAAUUAACAAAUAAAGUAUCCACACAGGAGAUAAUGAUACAUUUUCUCCAGAAUCAAGUUGCUGAUCUCCAAAGAAGCAAAGAAGAUCUUGCUGCUUCAAAGGUUCAAGGAGAAAAGCUACAGAAGCAGGUUGCAGUAUUAGAAGAAGAACUUGAAGAAGCAAAACAAAAGCACAGCCCUGAACUAAAGCACUUUUUAGCUUUAGAAAGAAAAAUCAAAAAUAUGGAAUUGCGACAUGCACAAAGAGAGCAAGAACUCCAAAAGGUUAUUCAACAGACCCAUUGUACAGUGGACAGCAGGUUAAUUCAGGAAAAUGAAAAGUGGAAAAGGCUUGCUCAGAACAAGAGCAAUGAGUUAGAAAUGUUCAGGAUAGAACUGGAUUCAAUAUUGGACGUUCUGCGUGAGUUGCAGAAGCAAGGAGUUGUCAUUCCAGAACCCAGUGUUGUUGGCACCUUUUCAUCUAAAGUUACUGGACAUAUUUAAACAUGGCUAAUGUGUGGAAGCACAUGAUGAUUAAAAUUAAUGUUAAAUAAGAGCUCUCACAACAUAUAAAUUCUAAAACUGAUUAACAAAUCAUGAAGUGCAAAUGACCUGCUUUGUCUAAAGUGAAGUGAUAAGGUAUGAUAAGCUAAUGUAUGAUUAUUUAUUUAAACAAAUGUUGGUGAUAUAUAAAAGUAAAUAAAAAUUUUUUAUAUUUUAUUAUC